CUUUCCGUUUCAGUUCAUCUUUGCCGCGCCGGGCGGGAUUUCCGCACUAACAUCAAGUAUGGCGAAGACGUACGAUUAUUUGUUCAAAUUACUGCUAAUCGGUGACUCCGGUGUCGGGAAGACCUGCGUCCUGUUCCGGUUCUCAGAGGACGCCUUCAACUCCACGUUCAUCUCGACCAUAGGCAUUGAUUUCAAGAUCAGGACGAUAGAGCUUGACGGCAAGAAGAUAAAGCUGCAGAUAUGGGACACGGCCGGCCAGGAGCGCUUCCGAACAAUCACAACUGCCUACUACAGAGGAGCAAUGGGCAUCAUGCUCGUCUAUGACAUCACCAACGAGAAGUCUUUUGAAAACAUCAAGAACUGGAUAAGAAACAUAGAGGAGCAUGCAUCCUCUGAUGUUGAGAAGAUGGUCCUCGGCAACAAAUGUGACAUCAACGACAAGCGGCAGGUGUCCAAGGACAGGGGGGAGCAGCUUGCAUUAGAAUUUGGAAUCAAGUUCAUGGAGACAAGUGCGAAGGCCAACAUCAACGUGGAAAACGCGUUUUUGACACUGGCCCGAGACAUCAAAUCGAAGAUGGACACAAAAUUGGAGGGAAAUGCGCCGCAGGGGAGCAGUCACGGAGUUAAGAUCUCCGAGCCUCAGAAAAAAACCAGCUUCUUCCGCUGCAGCCUCCUCUGAGGACCGAGGCCUUCAACAGUGGCGGCCAGCUGGCUGGACAUAAAUGGACUGUGCUUUGCUUAUAGCACUUUCUCCCCAUUCCCCCCUUCUGCCCAACCAUGGCCUGUCCUCCCAGUCCACACAAACCAUCAUACUCCCAGUGAGUGGAAGACUUACUCUCCUCUCUUCCUCUUCUGAAAGCUUCCAGUGGUGCAUCUCUUCCAUUUAAAAGGAGAUCUGUUGUCUUCACGAGUCAGACCGCUCGACUGGUGGAGGACUGGACCUGGAGCGUUGCUCAGAUGUUCCACGGCACCAAAAAAAGACCCGUUCUUACUUCUUGUAUUAGCCUCUUCUACAUUUCAUACAGCUGGUAGCACAACCGAGAAAGAAAAAUUAUAUAAUUUUGUCAAGGUUUAGGGAUUAUAAAUACAAAUGUGACAUUUAGAUCUAUUUUUAUUCGUGGUUUCCCCUUUUUUAUGUGAUAAAUCUCACCCGGAGACCGAUCGGCUUUGACUCCAGUGAGACAGAGCUGCACAAACCUUCUUUUCAUUUCAGCAGUUAAGAAUCAAUCACACUUCAGUCGAGGAUCAGAGAGGAGUUGGUAUGAAAGGCUUUAUAACUCCUGCUCUUACUAUUGCACACAGUCCUUGACAGUCAGUUGAUGCGACUAUAAACUGUCACUUGAUUUUAAAACACAUCUGAGUGCAAAUGUGCUGACACUGGAUUGGAGGCGCUUGCUGAAUAGUUUGAUCCUCCACAGUUUAAUUCUGGUCUUUUAAAAGAUCCUUUCUUAAACUAUAAUGUUUGAUUAAUUCACCACUUAUUGUCUUGAUUAGUUGAUUGGUUUUUGUUACAAAAUAGAAGAUGUCUUCUUCAAAUGUCUUGUUUUGUCUGAACAACAGUCGAAACCGAAAAGUUUACUAUUGCAAAUUUACCCCAAAACACACCAAAUCCUCACAAUUUGGGAAAGUGGAACCAGCAAAUUAAGAUUUAGACCAUUAUUAUCCGAACAGUUAUUUGAAAUGUAUCAAAUUACUUGCACUCUAAAAAAUGUUUUACUUCAAGUUUCGCCUUUCAUUUGAGUCGCGUGGAGGUUUUGUCGCAGCUCUAACUCGCCCUCAAGCUAAAUGACGUCUCUGCUCAUUCCAAUCAGCAAAUAUAUUCACUCUUGAGGUUUCACGCUGUAAAACCCUUCCCCCCCCUGCUCAAUCCAAGCAGCUCUCCUCCUUGCACUUUACCAGUAACUCGUGUGAUGUGUGUAGUCAGUGCCGAGUGAUAGUUUGCAGUACAGCUAUACAAUUACCUAGUAGAAACUUAUAUUUUGAUCUGAGGAGUCUCUGUAACAAAAAAAAAUCGGGAUACCUCCGAAAAUGUAACUGCACCUACUUAUAACUGACUUGAUCCCCUUUGCGGUUUCAUCCACUCUCCUGGUAGAAGAUCACUGAAAAAGAAAUCCUCCUCCAGCAGUUAUAUAUACUUCUAUAAGAGAAUCUGUGAGCCUCUCUUUCUAUGCUACUGUCCUGCCAAACUAGUUUAAGAGUGAUGAGUUAAAGCUGGUCCCACUAGUGUUAUUGUACAUGUUUCUGUGCCGUUGUCUUGUUGUGGCCCCCGAUUGAAACAGCUAGGUGGCACCAGUGGCACAGGAUGCAUCACACCACCCACCACCCGAAUUGAAACCAGUAUUUUAUAACCACCACGAGCCACAGUCAACACGAGCUGUGUGAUGCAAACGUGUUCCUUCAGCUCCUGUUAAACAUUGAGUCUGUUUCCGUUGUUCCCCGUGUUUCCUGCUAACUUGUGUCUAAAUCCAGCUCCUGUAUGCACAAACACCAAGGGGGGGGGGGGGGCUUUUCCUUGCCUACACCCUUUUCCUUUUUUUGUAAUAUCAAAUAAUUUUGGGACCUCGCGACCAUUUGUCUUAACCGCCUUUACUCAGUCCUGUUGUAGGUGAGCUAUGCAUCGUGAGUCUUGGACCUGUGCAUAUGUGUGUGACGUGAUUUUCAGACAUGUAUGUAAACGUGUAAAGAUGAAUGUGUGGCUGUUUUUUUGUUUUUGUUUUAAAUCACUGAGCCAAAAAAAAAGAAAAGAAAGCAGGACACGUGCUCUGUUUGUAGAAACCUGCGUUGCAACAUUGAUGAGAGAGAAAUUCACCUUGAGUGGUUAAGACGGAACAAUCUGCACGUAGAAAUGUAGACAUAGAGCUGUUUUCUCACCUGAGUGAUGCCCUAGCUUUAAGUCGUCCACAGAAACAUGGGGAGCUUUCGUGGCACUCGAGCUGUGUCGCUUUUUCCAGCCGAAAUUAUACCUCCCUUCUUUUUUUGAUUUUUUUGUUUUUAAAUCAUAUCCUCUUUCUCGAUAGUCCCAUCACCUGUCGUAAUAUAACCGUAUACAAAUCCGUUUUUACAGCUGAUUUUCAUUCCAUGCGUUGUGAAGUACACAGGGAGAGUAAUGCAAAACCUUUUAGAAAAGAGAAAUGUGAAAGGAACAUUGUAAAUAUCACAUUGAAAAAGAGAUUUACUUAAAUUGUACUGUACUUUCUAAACACAUAUGAAAAUAUAUCUACUGUUUGUAGAUAUAUGUGUAAUUUUGAUUUAAUAAAACAAGAUUAUAAAGCUCA